CGCGCGCCGCGCCGCAGACAUGGCCCUGGUGACCCUGCAGCGCUCGCCCACGCCCAGCGCCGCCUCCUCCUCUGCCAGCAACAGCGAGCUGGAGGCUGGCAGUGAUGAAGACCGCAAGUUAAACCUCAGCGUGAGUGAGAGCUUUUUCAUGGUGAAAGGAGCAGCCCUCUUCCUACAACAGGGGAGCAGCCCUCAAGGCCAGCGAAGUCUUCAGCACCCCCACAAGCACGCAGGUGACUUGCCCCAACAUCUUCAAGUAAUGAUCAAUCUUCUGCGUUGUGAAGAUAGAAUCAAGCUGGCCGUGCGCCUGGAGAGCGCCUGGGCGGAGCGGGUCCGGUACAUGGUGGUGGUGGACAGCAGCGGGCGGCAGGACACGGAGGAGAGUAUCUUGCUGGGAGUCGACUUUUCCAGUAAGGAAAGUAAAAGCUGUACCAUUGGGAUGGUUCUCCGACUGUGGAGUGACACGAAAAUCCACCUCGAUGGCGACGGUGGGUUCAGCGUCAGCACAGCAGGAAGGAUGCACGUCUUCAAGCCUGUGUCUGUCCAGGCCAUGUGGUCUGCCCUGCAGGUCCUUCACAAGGCCUGCGAAGUGGCGCGAAGGCACAACUACUUCCCUGGGGGCGUGGCUCUCAUCUGGGCCAGCUACUACGAGAGCUGCAUCAGCUCCGAGCAGAGCUGCAUCAACGAGUGGAACGCCAUGCAGGACCUGGAGUCCACGCGGCCCGACUCCCCAGCCCUGUUUGUGGACAAGCCGACCGAAAGGGAAAGGACUGAGCGCCUCAUCAAAGCCAAACUCCGGAGCAUCAUGAUGAGCCAGGACCUAGAAAAUGUGACCUCCAAAGAAAUCCGUAAUGAAUUGGAGAAACAGAUGAACUGUAACUUGAAAGAAUUCAAGGAAUUCAUAGACAAUGAGAUGCUACUAAUCUUGGGACAGAUGGACAAGCCCUCCCUCAUCUUCGAUCAUCUUUAUCUUGGCUCUGAAUGGAAUGCAUCCAAUCUGGAGGAACUGCAGGGCUCAGGUGUUGACUACAUUUUAAAUGUUACUAGAGAAAUAGAUAAUUUUUUCCCUGGCUUAUUUGCAUAUCACAACAUCCGAGUCUACGAUGAAGAGACAACAGACCUUCUUGCCCACUGGAAUGAAGCGUACCAUUUUAUAAACAAAGCAAAGCGGAACCAUUCCAAGUGCCUGGUACAUUGCAAAAUGGGUGUCAGUCGAUCCGCUUCCACGGUCAUAGCCUAUGCGAUGAAGGAAUUCGGCUGGCCCCUGGAAAAAGCGUACAACUACGUGAAGCAAAAGCGCAGCAUUACACGCCCCAACGCAGGCUUUAUGAGACAGCUGUCUGAGUAUGAAGGCAUCUUGGACGCGAGCAAACAAAGGCACAACAAGCUGUGGCGCCAGCAGACUGAAAGCUGCCUCCAACAGCCUGCGGAUGACCUUGUGGGGUCUGGGGACUUCUUGCCAGAGACCCUGGAUGACACCCCAGCAUCCCGGCUGCCCUGCCUGGACGAUGCCGCCCAGCCUGCGUUCCCAGACAGCAGGGCCCCAGGAGGAGGGGGCCCCUCUCUCUCCUGCUGCUUCCGGCGACUCUCAGACCCCCUCCUGCAUUCCCCCAGCGAUGAAACGGGCGCUUUGGUCCAGCUGGAAGACCUGGAGAAGGACAUUCUGUCAGAGGAAGCUGCUCAGCCAGCAGAGGCGCGCAAGCCAGGCCGACCUCCCCCGGGAGGCCCUGGGCUCUGUGAGAAGGAUGCGAAGAAGAAGCCGGAGUUUGGGGGCCUGAAAGCCCAGAGCGGGCCCUUGCCACAGGCGGAGGAGAUGGAAAGGGAGGAAGCUCCAGGAGUAGGGAGGUGGGGGCGGUCCCCAGCCCAGCUCGAUAAAAACCUGCUCAACCGGGAAAACCUAAAUAACAACAACAGCAAGAGGAGCUGUCCAGAUGACUUUGAGCACGAUGCUCUAUUUGGGAUCCUCAACAAAGUGAAGCCUUCCUACAAAUCCUGCGCCGAAUGCAUGUACCCUGCAGCCAGCGGGGCUCCUGAGGCCUUCAGGGAGCGACGCAGCGGGAACCCUGGUACCCCCGCCAUCUGCACCCAGCCAGCCUUCCUGCCCCACCUCACCUCGUCCCCCGUGGCCCACACAACCAUCAGGUCCCGCGUUCUGGAGAAGCUGGCGGCCGGCCCGGCCGAAGCGCCCCCGUUCCUACCACCAGCAAGUCCAGGGAGGCCGGACACCGGUGGCCCUGUGGCCGGGGCUGAGCCAGAACUAACAGCCAGCCUUUUGGAACCUUCCAGAGAGACCCAGAAAGUCCUGCCAAAGUCCCUCCUUUUGAAGAAUUCUCACUGUGACAAGACCCCACCCAGCAUGGAGGUAGUGAAGGAAGAAUCGCCACCCAAGAAAGACAUGAAGCCGGCCAAGGACCUGCGGCUUCUGUUCAGCAAAGAAGCUGAGAAGCCAACUACACACAGCUACCUGAUGCAGCACCAGGAGUCCAUCAUCCAGCUGCAGAGGGCAGGCUUGGUCCGCAAGCACACCAAAGAACUAGAGAGGCUAAAGGGCACGCCUGCAGAGCCGUUGUCCCCCUUCAGGGACGGCACCAGCAGGCUGGAGGCCAGCAUCCCCGAGGAGACCCAGGACCUAGCUCCUGUCCCUCCACCAGGGGCCCUGGCGUUGCCUGGCCAAGAUGGGAGUGAUGAGAAGCCAGAGGCUACCCCAGUUCCGUUGGAAGGAACCUCGCUAAGGAGUCCCACCCCCUUCCUCUGCCGUCUGGAUCACACCAGUCAUUUCUCGAAAGACUUUCUGAAGACUAUCUGCUACACGCCCACCUCAUCCUCCAUGAGCUCCAACCUGACCCGGAGCUCGAGCAGCGACAGCAUCCACAGCGUCCGCGGGAAGCCGGGGCUGGUGAAACAGCGGACGCAGGAGAUUGAGACUCGGCUCCGGCUGGCGGGCCUCACCGUCUCGUCCCCACUCAAGCGUUCACACUCUCUUGCCAAGCUCGGAAGUCUCAACUUCUCGACAGAAGACCUGGCCAGUGAGGCCGACGUGUCCACCGUUGCUGACUCCCAGGAUGCCAGGCUGAGCGAGGCUUCCUUCCUGCAUGAGCCCCAGGCAACCCCAGGGCACACAGCCGCCACCUCUAAACCGUCAGGGAAAUCUGCCCCGGAAAGCUUGAAAAGCCCCUCGCGGCUGAGCAAAAGCUGACCCACCUGUAGCUCAUCACACAACCCUUCCCUUAGUUUCACUGUGGGUUUUGGUCAGCCCCUCACAUCUUGACUUCUCUUAAACAAUGGCGUUCCAUCUUUUCCCCCCACCUCUUGCCAGAGGGGAGGAGAAGAAAGAAACACGCAGCCCAAGAAGAAGAAGAGGAGUGUCCGUUGUGCGGCUGGGAGAACCAGAAGCUGGCAGCCAGCAGGCUCUGAGGCCAAGUCGUGUGUUGUCCAGAAGAGUCGUGUCUGAAGAAGAACGUACACAGAUAGGCACAUACGUCAAAAGCACACUAUUUGCGCCACGUGAAAGAACAGUUACGGCGACAGCCUCAGCGCCGCGGCACGCAUUCCUCACUCAUUCAGGCCCUCGUGGGAAAAGUCUUGGAUGGCAAUAUAAGUCCUACCUCUGUUCUUGCUGAACUUUUUAUUUUUCAAAUACAGUGAUAAGCAAGGCUUGUUCCAGGGAAUAAUGCUGUGUCAGAAACAGGUUUUCCAAAAAGGAGUUUUUUGGAUUGUCUGGGACCCCCAAAAGCGUUAGGAUUUCUAACUCGACUACACUGAGCACUGCUCGGUAAAGAUAUACAAAGGUGUCAAAUGCUGUUGAAUCAACUCUGUGGUCCAUGGAGAUCAUCUGUGCAGGUGACUUCUCUGUCCCGUGCGUUGUUACAGCUGAGUGAUGUGUGUCUGGCCCGCGCUGAGGUCUGGUGGAGGGAGAUGUGCGCAACGUCCUCAGUUGUGCAUGGUGGAUUUUAAAUACUGCCCCCCCACCCCCGCCCGCCACCACAUGGGGACAAGGACCCACAGAGCAUUGUGGAGAUUCCUCUGCUGCUGAGCCCAGUAGCUGUGAAGAGUUUUGAAAGUACCAGCUGGGGACAGCGGUCCUGAGAUGCAGCUUGUCCUGCCAGAAGCCCCGGCACUCAAGUUCACUCGGUCACAUCUACUCGUAUUUGAGGAGGAAAAGAAAAAUCGAGUAGUGAGGAAUUACCUGUUCCUCUUGCAGAGCAACCGAGCAGAGGCUUCUCUGAAAGAACUGCAGCUGUUGGAGAGCUUCGCAGAAGUUUACCGUUGCCCCUUUUCGUGCAGAGAAUGCUGCAGCCUGUUUCUCUCGGGCUGUUCCUCGUGGCGAAGAUGGGGUGCAACAGGGUCUUGGCCCCAGCCAGGCUCUGUGAAGAGCCCCGUUAGAAUCAGGUGAGCUCAGUGCCUUCUGCUGCCGCAGGCUCUGGGCUCGAGUGGGGGGUGGUCUGGUGUCAGUCAGCAAGACAGGAUGUUAAAAUAUUUUGAGAAAAGAGAAGGGGCUUGAUUAGAAAGGUUUAACUCAUGGGUCAGCAAACUGUGGUAUAUGGUCUCAUGAGCUAAGAAUGGUUUUUACAGCUUUCAGGGGUUAUAAGAAAAUAAACUAGUAGGCAGCAAAGACCAGGUAGCCUGCAAAGCCGAAGAUGUUUAUUAUCAAGCCCUGUGUAGAGAAAGUUUGCUGACCCCUGCUCUUACUGGGCAGCACUGGGCUGUCCAGGGCCCUCUCGGAAGACUCUGGGCAAGCGUGAAGGCCUCCCUGCCCCUUGGCACCUCAGGCCGAAUCCAUCCCCUCAACCCUGACCUUGCCAGCCCACCGCGGGCUGUCCCCUGCAGGGCGGCCGGCUCUGUCCCUGCCGGCCAGGGGCCCUGAAGCUUACCCGCAGGGACCGCUCGCUCUCAGCUGGGCCAGCCAGAUGAAGUCAGUGAAACCAGAAAGCCUUCAGGGACUGACCGAAUUCUGAAAGUGGGUGAGUGAGUUGCCAUCUUACAUUAGUUGGAGCAGGGAGCCCGGCAGCCGCCAUUCCGGACAGGGCCCAGGCAGGGUCUUUGGGGACAUGUUUCAGCUCGUGUGAGGGCUUUUUGCAAAAACCCCUCCCUCCAAGAACUUUUUCUCCCUGACCUGAUCCUUUUAGUUUUUAAACAUAUAUGUUAUUUUACUUUAUAAGAGUUUGUCUUCCCACCACUGUUCAUUGAAAUCACAUUAAACGGGGAUUACUCACUUUUCCUGAAAACCCUGUUAGGUUUUUCUCCCUCUCUCUCAGCCAACAAAAGCAUAUUCUUAAAAAAAAAGAAAAAAUCAAGUUCAAUAUGUUUUGCCAAAUUAAAUUUCAUGUGGCAGAUCAAUUUUUGUGUCAAAAUAAUCCUUUAGAUUUGGUGAUGACAGGCUUAUGUUUUUGCUUUUUUUAAACCAUGCCUAUGCAUGAGAAUGAUAUAUUUUUGAAAACUUUAAUUUUGAAAGCCAUAAUUUUUUUAUCCAGUUAAAGGGUGGGAAGAGGAUGACAAAUCUGAGUGGGUUUUUGGCUUUUGUCAAAAUCAUCUAUGCGUUUUCAGAAGCACAGUUGGUAUAUUACCAUCGAAACAGACCAGGGCCCAGGGGCCCAUCAUGAGAGCAAAACGAAGCCUUCUUGGCUCGGUGGACAGACUGAGAAAAGGAUAAAGCCUUUUUUUCCGAGCCACAGAUCAGCUGCACAUUAACAUAUGGCAAAUUGCUAUUUGAAGUCUACUGACAAGAGCAUCCUGCCAGGCUGAGGGCGCCUUGGCAAAGAGGUUCAUGCUGCUCUCAGAAGAGAAGGUUUGCUCCGUAAGAUGCGCCACAGCCUGACCAAUGUUCCGUUUAUAAUCUUAGACGAGGGGGGAAAUUCCUAAGAUGAGUGGCACAAGCGAGAGGCGGGGGUGUGCGCCCUGAAAGUCAUUGACAUCAGUGACGACCGUGUUCGUGGAACGCCUUUGUCAAGUUAGGAGAGAACAAAAAUGUUCUAAAUCAGCUUGAUACUAUAGCUGCAUCUCAUCUUCCACCUCACCUUUCCCUCACUCCUGUUCCUCUGGCAUGCCGAAAGGGAGACUGACCCAGACCUUCAUGUGGCACUGCCACAGAAAGGUCAAGGUCUGUCGCGUGUAAGUGGGAAGCUGGUCCUGGAGCGAGGGGAAAGCGUGCUGCUCUCUGAUCAUGCUUUGGCAAUGUCAGUUUCCAUUUCUGUGUCAUGGGGCAAUGUCUGUUGUUGCCUGAGCUGCUUAAGAACAAGGUUCUUACUCGUGGAAUUCCCUGUCUUCUUGGUGUCAGCGUGGGGACCCAGGCCAACCUCUGGGCUGGUGACAGCUCUCUGCCAGGUAGUGGCGCCUGGCCACCUGGUAUGCAGAUCACUCACCAGGUGCUCAGAUGGCUGCGCUGUCCAGCCUCUCUGCCCCACCCUGCUCUCUGCAGCUGAAAAGCGCUGCAUCCCAUUCUAAAGCUCUUUCCCUCCCGGGUAGAUAAGCUCAGAGGAUGCCCCAGGAUGGAGCCCAGUUUGCAACAGAAGGAACACCUUCCAGGCAACCCUGUACUUUGGCACUGAUGUUCCUCUACACAAGCCCCAUCCUCGGUUGAUGAAUCCCCGUGCUUCCCGGGGCCUUUUCUCCCCAUUGGGAACAAACGCUGCAUCCUUUAGUCAAGAUCAUAUAAGUGACCUCCUUCUAGACGUCCCAAGGGGGACUUGCUCUCUGCUGGCGGCAAUGCUUGUCAGCCACCCACCCCUACUCUGGCUUGCCACCAAGCACGGCUGGCCAGGCACACACAGCGCAGUGAGGGCAACCACUUGCCCCUGGCCAGAGAGGCAGGCUGGCUGGGAAAACAGUGGCAUCUGGACAGUGCGGUGCAGGGUCACCUGCUCUGGUCCCGCCCUGCAGGUUCUUGCCGACGCAGCAUGCCGGAGGAAGGUGGUUGAUUGACCCCCCUGCUCAGCCCUUGGUCCUUUUUAUUUUCUGCUCUGCAAUUGAUCACCUGCGUGAGUUCACUCUGCAUAUAUAUAUUUGAAUAUAUAUAUAUAUAUAUAAAACUUGAAUCAUAUCACCAUGGGCAUCACCUCUCAUUCACACACACACUGUCACCAGGCGGCGAAGCGGAUCACCUGGGACGAUCUAGAGUGACGGUGUGGAGUGCUGGCCUGGUCAGAUUGAGACUCGACUGCCUUGUUUGGCCUUGGAGGAGGUGCUGCAGCCCUGGCUUCAGUCAGUCUCUUAAACAGGAGUCUUUAUAACCAGACCACCAGUCCUCUGCUGUCCCCUCUGUCAGCUGUGCUGCACAGGAAGGUGGCUGCUUCCUCCCUCUUUUCCGACACUGUAAUUAUUGUUUUACAAUGGAGUGCCUUAAUAAUAGUUUACAAAUACUGUGUAUUUAUGGGAAACUUAAGCUCUCACCUUCUGUGAUUGGAUACUUUGCCUUGUCCGUGGCGGCUGGCGCUAGGGCCGGGGCUUGCCCUGUCCCAUGCCUGUGCUCAUCUGCUGUGCAGUCUUGCGCACGCACCCACAGCUGUCCAAGGAGCAUUGCUAGAAACGGCUCUGGGAGUUCCUGCAGGCGGGCGGGCACUGGCCCACGCUGUGACCCAUAGCAGCAAGGAGGGACUGACCUUGGUGUGCCAGCCAGCUUGGGGGGGGUGGGGCGCGCAGGCCCAGCCCCAUAGACUGCACCCAGCCCUCCGCCCCAUCGCACAGUUGCGCUCUUCAGUAGAGAUUUUUAUCACCACCUGGGCCCCCCCUGCCCCGUUUUCUUCUUCGUUGGUGUCCUGAGCUCUGUGCAACCAAAUGCAGGUACAGAACCCUCCCCCCACAUCAGGAGCUCCACAAGAUGGGUUGCCCUUUGGUUUUCAGAAGCUGCAGGUGGGUUCUGGUGUGUUGCGUAAUAAUAUCAAUUUUUUUUAUUAUAUUGUUUUUUCUUGUUUUUUUAUAGUAUAUAUUUA